AUGCCCCCGCUGCCGGGCGAAGAGCGUGCGCUGACGGUCUUUGCCGAUAUCCAUUAUUAUUUCACAGCUCCGACUCCCAAGCCUCUUCAUCAUCGAUUUGAUAAGGGCUCCUAUCUAUAUCUUUAUCACAAUGCGGUGCAGCGUAAGACGAGGAUUGAAGUAGCGAAUAAUCCUGGAACUCGUGAUCAAGAUGCAUUUAAUGGCGCUCUGGAUCAGGUCUAUCUGCGCCAUUCCACCCAGUUUCCAACGCUGUGUACACUAAUCGUGGACGGCCGUCCACCAUCACAGGGCGCGCAGGCGUUCCCUCCACCAGCAAAUGCCAGUCCUCAUGAAUGGCUAUUACCAAGCACUGAUCCGCGUGGCGAGGACAAGGAACUACGUUUGCACACGCUGGACAUCUACUUUUGGACUUCAGAUGAUGCGGAUAAUUUCCUCAACCUGAUGGAAAAUUAUUUGUCUCCCCCGCAGAUCGAGACAGACAGGCAUCCAUAUCCGCCUCCACCUCAGGCUUCAGUCAGUACAGUUGUGCAACAACUAGAAAACGUGGCCAUCACAGAUCCGGCGUACCAGAACGGGCAGACUCGUAACUCUCAAUCAGAACCUACACCUAGCUCCCCGCCCCCUACCCAGACGUUCUCAAUACCAAGCAAUCUUCCUCCUCCACCCCCGCUUGGUGGUCCACCCACCACAGCACAGAAGACGACCAAUGGCACUCCGCCUGCUACAGAAGAAAGAAACGACCCCGCCCAAUAUACACCUCUACCAUAUAACCCUGCGGCACCGGCCGCGCCUGAACCAAUUCAAGUUCGGGAGAAGACCCCCCCUCCAAUCGACGGCGGAGAUGGAACCGGACUUGCAGCAGCAGCAGCAGUAGACAGUGGAGCACCGUUCACACCACCAUCCCAGAUCACCGGCGGAGGAGGUUUUGCAUCUCCCCCAACCAGUCAAGGGCUCCCAUACACUAUGCCUGGAAGCUACGCAUCACCACCACCGAGCGCCGGCCUAACGCAUUCCGGGUCGUUCUCGUCUCGGUCGUCUAUUCAGAGUCCGCCCAGCAUCCCAUCCUAUACACCAUCAUUCCUUGCGGGGGUAGGCGGGGGUCACCAAUCUAACUCCCACCAGCCAGUCACUAUGUCAUUUGCUCCGCCUCCUAAGGAUCCCAAUGCCCAUCUUUACGGUCAGACCCAGAAUUUAUAUGGCGGCCAGCCUCAAAUUCAACCGGCGUCUCCACCGCCACCCCCGAUUGGCGGCUACUCAAACUACUCGUAUGAUAAGGUAGCCGUACAGCAACCAGUGGCAAAUGAUUACGACAUCCACAGGCAGCUGUACCGGCCCACUGAAGCAGAGGUCAAUUCACAUUCUCAGAAAAUAGCUCAGAAGUCAAUACAAAACCCCGGCCGGCCCCGGAAUUUGGAGGAAAGAGCCCACAGAAUGGAGAGCAGUGUGAAUAGGUUCUUAAAGAAAUUGGAGAAAAAGAUCUGA